AGGUCCUAUUUCGCGGUUUCCUCAUCCUCCUAAUCCUAACCUCCUUCCCUGUUUUAUUCUUCCUCGUCGAGCCUGAUUCCCCUGCCGCCACCGCGGCCAGCGCCGCCCUCGCCGCCGGUCGCCACCGCCGCCGCCACCGUCCACUCCUCGCCCUCACCUAAUCUCACUCGGAGGGAGAAAAAAAAAACCUCGCCCUCGCCGCCGGGUUGAGUUGAAUCUGUGGUCGCUGGGUUGAAUUGAAUCGAUUUAGAUCCGUUUAUCCCUAGUUCGGGUGCCCGUGUUCUGGAAGGUGGAAGCUUUGGUUGGGUUUUCUCUUCCAGAGCAUUAAUGUUUCUGAGGGCCUAAGAUGCUCUAUUUGAAGCAGCCCACGAGGAGCUGAGUCUUUGUGUUUUUUUUAUCGUUCUCUCUCGUCGUCUGUUGAUCUGAUCGGAUGGAGGCUAUGACGGGUGGCAAAUUCCUUCAAAAGUUUCGACUCUACGAAACCAGAUCGAAAUUUUAUCUUAUUGGAAGAGACAAGAGCAGGAUUCACUGGAGGGUGCUAAAAAUUGAUCGGUUGGAGUCCACUGAGCUGGGUGUCGAUGAGGAUCCAACUAUUUACACGGAAAGUGAAUGUCAAGAACUGCUUUGGCGGAUCCAUGAGGGGAACAUGUUGACUGGUGGACUGAAAUUUGUCACAAAAUGUUACGGAAUAGUUGGUUUUGUAAAGUUUCUUGGUCCUUAUUACAUGGUUAUAAUAACCAGUAGAAGGAAAAUCGGCACAAUAUGCGGCCAUGAAAUUUAUUCCGUCGGCAAGAGUGAAAUGAUUGCAAUUUCAAGUGUUACAGUCUGGCCCAACGUGGCUUAUUCUAGGGACGAGAACAGAUAUAAGCGCCUUCUUUGCUCAGUUGACCUUUCGAAGGAUUUCUUCUUCAGCUACUCUUACAACAUCAUGCGCAGCCUUCAGAAGAACAUAACCCAGAAGAAUACUGGGCAGGCUGUUUAUGAACCAAUGUGUGUAUGGAAUGAAUUUCUGACACGAGCAAUUCGGAAUCAUCUCAAGAAUACAUGUUGGACUGUUGCCUUAGUCCAUGGAUUUUUUAAACAGUAUCAUCUAUUCAUCAUUGAAGACCACAAGUAGGGCUGCUGCUAACUCAAUGACACCCCCACUAACUUAAGUGUUUUACUCCGCGUCUCAUGACCUGAUAUAUAGUGAAAGCUUGAAACAAGGCCUGGUGCAGUGGUGAGAGCUGUCUCACUUAGUCACCAGGCCGUGGGUUCAAAGCAGCCUCUCCGCAUUUGCGGGGGAAGACUUGCAUCGGUUUAUCUCUUUCCUAGACCCCACUCAUGUGGGAGCCUCCGUCGAAGCUCUCCGUAUCUGGGAAGGAUUUUUGGUUGACCCUUAUAGCUAGGCGCUCACGACACUUUGCGGGAACCAGAUUCUUGAAACGUGGCGUUAAUGAAAAGGGCAGGGUAGCGAAUGAUGUUGAGACUGAGCAGAUUGUUUUUGAAGACACAUCUGAUGGAAUCCCAACUCAGAUGGCUUCUGCUGUACAGCAUAGAGGAUCGAUACCUCUUGUCUGGUUUCAGGAAACUUCAAGACUUAAUAUUAGACCAGAUAUUAUAUUGAAACCUGAUGUGGACUACAAGGCGACUCGCCUUCAUUUUGAGAACCUUGCACUUAGAUAUGGGAAUCCAGUAAUCAUCUUGAACUUAAUAAAGACCCGUGAGAAGAAGCCCCGUGAAUCUCUGCUCCGUGCAGAAUUUGCAAAGGCUAUCCAUUACAUUAACAAGAGCCUGCCUGAUGACAAGCGUCUAAAAUUUUUACACAUGGAUCUGAGUAAGCUUUCUCGAAGGAAAGGCACCAAUGUGCUUGCACUGUUGACCAAGGUGGCAUCAGAUGUGUUGGAUCUAACUGAAUUCCUCCACUGUGAAAUAAGUACAUCAACAAAACCUGAUGACACCUCAAGUGGAGAAAGAACUGCUGCCAAACCACAUGAUGACAGAAGUAGCAGUGAUCAAACUGAAUGUGCAGCUAAGUUGGCACCUCUUUUAUUACAGAAGGGUGUCCUCAGGACAAAUUGCAUAGACUGCUUAGAUCGCACAAAUGUUGCACAAUUUGCAUAUGGUUUAGCUGCUUUAGGGCGUCAACUUCAUGCAUUGGGGCUUACUGAAGCACAGAAAAUUGAAUUGCACGAUCCUCUGGCUGAUGAUCUGAUGGACUUCUAUGAAUGGAUGGGUGAUACAUUAGCUAUUCAGUAUGGUGGUUCUGCUGCUCACAACAAGAUCUUCUGCGAGCAAAGGGGUCAAUGGAAGGCAGCAACCCAAUCUCAGGAGUUCCUUCGGACCAUUCAACGCUACUAUAAUAACGCCUACACUGAUCACGACAAGCAGGAUGCUAUAAACAUGUUCUUAGGUCAUUUCCAACCUCAGCAAGGGAAACCUGCACUGUGGAAGCUGGACUCAGAUCAGCAUUACAACAUUGGGAGGCAAGGGACUUUAAAAGAAGAGAUUGGAAGAUCGUUCAUAAAGAGGUCACUAUCAGAUGGUAACAUACUGUUGGAGAACAACUUGCCUGUAACUAGCUGUAACAAUGAAACAAACAACACAGAAUUGCUUCCAAUGCAACAGCUGGAUGAUAUUAGAGAACCUACCGACUCUGCGCCAGAGAUCUCCAUAUGUGAACCUAACCCGUGCUCCAGUGUGAACUACGGCAGAGUGCCUGGAAGACACUCUAUUUCAGAAGAGCGGCAGAGUUAUUUGAAAAGAUUAGGUUACCCUGAAUUGCAUUCUUCAAAUUUCCUCGACCUUGAUUUGUUGUCGUCUUCUGGGAAUUCCUGUGACGAGGAAGUUUUUGAGAGGUCAUCACUGAUCAAUUCACCUAUGGAUGUGGUCAGCGUUGAAUCAUCUACGUCGUACAGUGAACAAGGACACACUGAUGAGGGAAGGGAUGACAUGGAUCUUUCCCGUUCAAGCAGCCAGGUCUCAGACGUUCGGGACUAUUCUGACCGGUUUGCGCACUGGGUCGCGGAUGGAGGCAUGCUUUGGUAAAAGGCCAUGGACUUUUGUCUUGCUUGACAACUCGGUAGAAUCUGUGACCGCAGGAAAUGGAUGCGAGCAGAUGACAUGGCUAGAUGCAGAGAUGGUGGGCGUGGAAAAAGUCUCGCAUCGGUAUGGUUGUGACCACUGGAAGGCUUGAACGCUGAUAUUCAUCGGAUGGGGAUGGAGAUUUCGGUGGUUGGGUUGAGUACAAGAUUCAAUUUGCUGUGGUGAAAAAUUUUACCAUAGUUUGUUUAGACAAUAAAUAGGCAAAAUAUAUAUGAUUCUUUUAUUUUAGCUUACAGUGCGUCCCCCUUCUCCAUAGAAAAUUCUGAAAAGCAAAAAAAAAAAGGAAAAUCUAGAAAAAGGAGGAAAAAAAACUUAGAUAAAGAACACUUUUGCUGUAAAUAGUUAGUAUGUUACGGAAGUAUAAAUAUUGUGAAAUUUUGCUGACGACACGACUUCGCUCAAACGUGUAAUAUACUGUUGGACAGUGUUAACAAAAUAUAUCCCGUAUCAGUACGAAAACUGUGUAAAUUUACUGUAACGCACAGUAUGCAUUA